CCAAGCAACAAGCUCGAAAAUCAAAGAAUUUCUUUAGUAAAUAUUGUUUUUUACAAUUAAUGCAUUGAUGAGACCUACAGGGAUGUAUUUUUGAGCAGUUUUGCAGUACAAUUAUGUAAAAGAACAAAAGAUGUUAGCUGAAGAUCGUCCUUAAAAAGGGAAAAUCCCUGAAUUGUGUCGCAAUUCCAGAGGGAAUUCGAACGUUCGUUUCACGAUAAAUUUGUCGCAAAUUUAGUGCCUGGUGACGCUGGAGCAUUGUUAAUUAAACUGUGGUUUUGGUUGAAGUUUUGCUGGUUAAAUACUUGAGGGAAAUGGCAGGAAAGUUUGAAAGUCUUGAGAAAUGUUUGGAUAAGAAUCUCCCGGAAGAUGAGUUAAAGGAGGUGAAACGCAUAUUGUAUGGUAAACCUUGCAGCAAACUGGAAUUCUCAAAGGAGGUUACUGAGGAGGCAGUAAAUAAGAAAGUGGAAUUGGCUGGUUACAAAAUUCAGGCAGGACCAGAACAAUUACGCAAACCAAGAAUCGUUAGGAUUGGUGCCGUUCAACACAAGAUCAUUUUACCAACAACAGCUCCCAUAGCUGAACAGUUAGAAGCAAUUCAUUCCCGGAUGGGAGAAAUCGUCAAGAUCGCCAGUCAAUGUGGUGUUAAUGUCAUUUGCUUUCAAGAAGCUUGGAAUAUGCCAUUUUGUUUUUGCACAAGAGAAAAGUAUCCAUGGGUUGAGUUUGCACAAUCAGCAGAAGAAGGCCAAACAACUAAACUUUGUCAACAGUGGGCAAAGCAGUACAACAUGGUGAUUAUUUCCUCAAUUUUGGAGAGAGAAGAAAGCCAUAGAGAUGUAUUAUGGAAUACUUCAGUUGUCAUAUCAAACACUGGCAAUGUUAUUGGAAAGACAAGAAAAAAUCACAUCCCAAGAGUUGGGGAUUUUAAUGAGUCAACCUACUACAUGGAAGGCAAUCUUGGGCAUCCUGUUUUUGAGACACAAUUUGGUCGAAUUGCAGUAAACAUCUGUUAUGGUCGUCACCAUCCAUUGAAUUGGUACAUGUUGGGAGUGAAUCAGGCUGAAAUUGUUUUUAACCCAUCUGCAACUGUUGGCGACUUGAGUGAACCAAUGUGGGCAAUUGAGGCAAGAUGUGCAGCCAUUGCAAACAACUAUUUUGUUGUAGGCAUCAACAGAGUUGGAACAGAAAUAUUUGAGAAUGAAUUUACUUCUGGUGAUGGAAAACCUGCACACAAUGAUUUUGGACAUUUUUAUGGGUCAAGUUAUGUUGCAGCACCAGAUGCUUCAAGAACUCCAAGUCUCUCUCGAGUGUCUGAUGGUUUGUUGGUCACUGAAGUUGAUCUCAAUUUAUGUCGUCAGGUCAAAGACACAUGGGGAUUUCAGGCCACAUCACGCUUGGAUAUGUAUGCUGAAGAGAUAUCAAAUGCUGUAAAACCUGGUUAUAAACCAAAUAUUGUUCGUGAAGGAGAUGACAAUCAAUGAAUUAAGCAACCUUUGAGGAUCAU